AUAUGACCUCCAUUCAUGGUCACAACAAAGCUAAGGCCUCAAGGGAGUGUCAUUUGUCAAGGAAUAAUUUGGACUCAGGCCAAAAAUGGCCAGAGACAUCAAUUCUCUGAGCCUCAUGCCUCUUUCUGCAAGACACCAGCAAUGGGUUGGAGCUACUCUGGGGUGUAUCCUCCCCUUCUUCCCUCUACGUUCUCUAAUUUGCUACUACUUCCUGUCAUGUGCUGCAGCAACAGGAAGCAUGCCUGGCAUAGAAUAUGACUAUGGCAUUAGCCCCAAAUUUGUUUGCACCCCAAUUCCCCCAGAAGCAGACCCCAGCUGCUAUUCCCCACCCAGUGUGCCCCAUGGACCAACAAGUACUAAUGGCCACACAAAUGGCCACAAUGGCAGUAGCCGGAGAGGCAUGAUGUCUGACGAAGCCAAAGCCACCAUCUUACACCUGCGUGAGAGCCUUGUGAGGCAAAAGGAGACCAUCCUUGACCAGCGGGAGACCAUCAGGGAGCUGACAGCCAAACUCACCUUGUGUGAAGGCUUUGGUGGUCACCAUAGCACUGAUCACCAUGACAGCAAUCACCACGACAACCAUCAUGAUACCCAUCAUGAUAAUCAUCAUGACGGCCACCAUGAUGACCAUCACGGUCAUCACAGCAACCACCAUUCACCCUCAUCUUCACACCACGGGCCUUCAGCAUAUCACAGCAGCGAUCACCACUACCCCCACGGCAGCCACAGGUCCGACCCCCACCACAGGAAGGGCUCCUCAUAUGGAAAGCACAGCUCCUUCUCCCCUGAACAGACAGGCAAAACACUGCAGACUCUGAAGGAGAGGCUGGAGAGCUUACAGGCCAGGAACUCCUCCAGCUCUUACUCCAGCUCCCUGAGGGAACUCCUCCAGCGGAAGAUCACCGCCCUCGAGGACCAGCUGCACAGCUACUACCGAGAUCACCAUGACUACGGUCACCAUAACGAUCACCAUGAUGACCACCACGAUGACCAUCACGGCAGCAGCCACCACAACGACCAUCACGAUGACCACCACGAUGACCACCAUGGCAACGGCCACCAUGACGACCACCACAAUGACAACCAUGGUGCCGGUCACCAUGAUGACCACCACGAUGACCACCACAGUAAUGGUCACCAUGACGACCACCAUGACAGCCACCACAACAGCCACCACGGUAGCCACAGGAACAGUCAUCGCAGCAGUCACUAUAACCGCCAUCACGAUCACCACUACGACUGGCACCACAGCCGGCAACGUGGUCACUAUGGUAACCAUCACAGCACCCACCGUGAUGACCAUUAUGAUGACCACCAUGAUGAUCAUCACUAUGACCACCACGGUCACCUUGAUGAUCACCAUGGCAGCAGUCAUCACGAUGAUCACCAUGACUAUUACCAUGGACCUGGACACCAUGAUGACCACCAUGAUGACCACCAUGAUAAUCAUCAUGGCUACGACCAUCAUGACAGCCACCAUGGUAACGAUCACCACCCACGAAGGCUUCCCAAUGGCAGCAAGGAAACAACGUUGCGAGGCGCAGGGCACAGCAAACUGGAAACGGUGCUCAGCCAACUGCACCACGGCAACAAUGACCACGGAAUCCACAAGAAGCUAAAGAGUCCCAGUGCUUUCCUGCUCGACUUUCCCAUGAAGACUAACUACAUGUACGCCAGGAUGAAGCGGUCGGUUGUCAACGAGAUCUUUGCCAUGACCAUCUGCCUGUGGCUGAAGGCAGGUGCUGGUCCAGGCCUCGGUACUCCCUUCUCCUAUGCUGUAGCUGGACAAGCCAAUGAGUUGGUGCUCAUCGAAUGGGGCAGCAACCCCAUGGAGCUGCUAAUCAACGACAAGGCGGUGACAUUGCCCAUAACCAUGACAGAUGGGAAGUGGCAUCAUGUGUGCAUGACAUGGACGACACGGGACGGUGUCUGGGAGGCCUACCAGGACGGGGUGAAGAAAGGCUCAGGUCAAAACCUGUCAGCCUGGCACCCCAUCAAACCAGGAGGGAUCUUCAUCCUGGGCCAGGAGCAGGACACAAUGGGAGGCCGCUUUGACGUCACUCAAUCCUUCAUUGGAGAGUUGUCUGAUCUCCAGUUCUGGUCCAGAGUCCUGACGCCCAGUGAGAUCUACGGCCAGGCGACCUGCGGAGGCCACCUCAUUGGUGAUGUCAUCUCCUGGUCCGAUGAAGCCGUGGAGCUGCAUGGAGGGCUCACUGAGCUUCCCUUUGACCCCUGCCACUAAGGAUUGACACUCCAGUCCCACACCCAGAGCUGUAACAUCAUCAACCCAACAUUUUCUACUACGUGUUCCCAUCAGAAGUAGUUGAAGAGCAGGAAAAUGUUUUGUCAUGGAUUAAAGAUGGGGAUUUAUCUCAUUGCUUGCUCACAUUGCAAGCUCAGCCAUGAGCAACAGACAAAGCAGGAGUUACUUUGCUUUUUCUAUAUAUUUGCCAUUCCCAUCCGAUCUUUCUGCCUUCUCCACCUACACCCUCACUUCUUCGCUCUGACGCUCUCAGCAGGACGACUCUGAAGGCUCCAAAGAGCGCAGGGCUUUGGAUUUACCGGCUGUGUGGUCAUGACUACGGCCACUCUGAGGGAUCCAACACACAUAAUAGGAUUUCAUUCCAUCAGCACAGGUCCAAAGGUUGCUUGUUGCCAUCAGCUCGCCUGCACUAGCUCAUUUUGUUUGGUAUGUGAGCAACAUAGACAUUACAGGAGGUGAAAGAGUGGCUAAAAGGCAAUGGAUACAAAUAAAGCCACAUAGAGACCUGAACCUAGAUGACUCAUACAUGUUGCUAAAGUAUCGAAUAUCAGCUCAUUGCUUUGUGGAGAUAAAGG